AUAGUAGGAUGGGCCACAAUUGUGCGGCUUGUAAAAGUUCUUGUUGAAGAAAAACAAUGGUCUUUGGCUCUCAAUAAGAAGAAGACAGCACAACAAGGGUGAGGGUGGAUAUAAUUGAGAAAUUUUGUGUGUUUUCCCCAAUCAAUGGGUAAAAGGUGAAAUCCACUAUUGAACAGGAAAUUAGAAAAAAGAAGUGUGAUGAAUUGUUUGUGAUGGAUGAUAUGGUUAGGAGAUUAUUGUAGAUGGGUUAAGUUGAUGUGCAAGAGUUGGGGCAUUGGUUUAUAAAAAUUAUUCGGAAGUGGAAGCAAAUUAGAAAUAAUUAGGAGAUAACUUGUAACGACGUACUGUUAAUUAACCUAGGCUACUUUUGUAGUUGCGCUGUCUAAGGCCCCUUAUUUGCUAAAAUUGCAAAGUGGCUUCUGGACACAAAACCCCACGGUCAAAUUGAGAAGAAUCCAGUUCUUACUUCUUGCUCCCGCCAAUUUUUUCAAUUAAACUUCUAUUGAUUUGAGGGAAACUCAAUUCCCAACGUUGCAUCUCAGUGUUUGAUGAAAAGCCCAUAGGAGUUAUUUCAGUAAAGUUGCAAUAUUUGUUGGACUGAUGGAGUUUCUUAUUUUAACCUCUUUCAGGAUCUUCAUUGACUUGGGUAGACCAUAGAACUAUCUUUUGGAUGAUUUACUCAACGCUUUAAAGCAUUAACCAAAAUAUGGCAGCGACAAAGCCUCGGACAAGCAGCUUCUCACGCAACUUUUCUUCUGCCCAUUCAUCUAAGACGCCAGGAUUUAAACACGGUCCCAAUGGCACGACAUUCAUCUCAUCCGGAAUACCAGACCUUGACAAGAUUCUUUGUGGUGGGUUUCCUUUGGGAAGCUUGGUCUUGGUGAUGGAAGAUGCAGAAGCUCCUCAUCACAUGCUUUUAUUGCGGAAUUUUAUGUCUCAGGGACUUGUUCAUGACCAACCUCUUCUUUAUGCUAGUCCAUCCAGAGACCCUAGAGGAUUCCUGGGUACUUUGCCGAGCCCAGGGGCAUCCAAAGAUGACAAAUCUCGUGAUAAUUCUACUGAACAGGAAAAGGGCUUGAGGAUUGCUUGGCAAUAUAAGAAGUAUUUUGGAGACGAUCAAGAGAGCGCCAAUGCAAUUGAUAGUAAAUACGAGUUUUGCAAUGACUUUGAUUUGCGAAGGCCAUUUGACAGACAUUUUUUCAGCGGAAAGCAUGUGGAAUGUGUUAGUAUUCUAGAUUCUUCUAGUCUUUCUACUCUUCGUGAUCGCUGUGCCACGUUCCUAUCACAAGUUCCAAGAAAUGAUGGCAAUAUAUCCUCUGGUGGCCGUAUUGCCAUUCAAUCAUUAUGUGCUCCACAAUGUGAUCACUCCAACAUGGAAUGGGAAAUGCUUUCCUUUUUAAGGUCUCUGAAAAGCAUGGUAAGGUCCUCCAAUGCAGUAGCCGUAGUGACGUUUCCACCUUCUCUUCUUUUGCCGUCGUUCUCUAAAAGAUGGCAGCACAUGGCAGAUACCUUGCUUUCUGUCAGAGCAAUCCCAGAUGAGGAUAAGGAAUUAGCAAAGCUCCUCACUGGUUACCAAGACAUGGUUGGUCUUCUCAAUGUGCAUAAAGUAGCUCAACUCAAUACACAGGUUCCAAAGAUUCUUGAGGCGACUACGUUCUCUAUAAAGUUGCAAAAGAGAAGGUACUUGGUUUUAGAAUGUCUUAAUCAAGCGCCUGUUGAUGCUUCAAGUGGUAGCUCAUAUGGCUCAACUGGGAGUUGUUCUGGCUCCUCUAAGACAGCUUCUCUCGAGUUUUAGUUUGCUAGUGCCGUCAGCAUAAAGAGUUUAAGGGUUGAAUGAUCGAAGUUAAAUGUUAAGUUUAAGAUGAUAUUUUAUUGAUUGUUGAUUAGUUAUAUUUUCCCUUGCCCUUUUGGAUCCA